AUGAACAGAGAAAGUGUUCGCGAGAUAUACUCCCCUGCAAACAGCAACACAACACCUCGGCCACAGUCCCAAUCCGGCGAGCUGGACGACCAAACGCCCCGGACGAACUCGAUUCGCCAUUGGUCCAUGACAUCAACGGCCCCAACAAUGUCCAGCUCGAGCUUGGCCACGUACGGGCGCCCCCAGUCGCGCCACACGACGAGCACCUCGAUCGAUUUGAGCACUACUGGGCCACCAUCCACCGGCGACGCUGCUGGAAAAGGACAGGGCCAAAACCUCGAUGCGAGCCAGAGCCAGCCUCUAGUCGCUCUCCAGUCGCCACUGUUCAACAUUGACGACUAUGUCUCGUCCGACGACGACUCGUUCAUUGCCAGCCAGGCCAAACGCAGCGAGGAGGACCUUCUUUUCAGCGGCGGGUAUGGCAAAAUGGGCACCCAGUUGCCUGGUCUCGAGGACGCCUUUGCCGUCCCAGCACCAAUUGCUCUGGUGCGGAGUCCCCGCCUCAUUGCCCUGAAGCACAAUGAGGACUUCCUCCGUGCAUACGGCGAACCGCACCAGAUGGCCGGCAAGCAUGAUCUGCGGCAAAGACCGAGCGACGAGUCUCUCCACAGCAACCACGGCCAACGCAGGCGCCACUCAUCUGGAGCGUCUGAUACUGGGCUCCGGAAGACCCACUCGCGCGAGGAGUUGAGCCCGGCCGCGAGCCCUGCCAAGCGCGUGGAGACAAAACGUAUGGCUGCAAUCUUGGGCUCGUCUACGACCAACCAUACACACCACGGCAACGGACCCCUCGGAAGCCACAGUCAUAUGUACAACCCUCGCCCAAAGCCCCACCUCGGCCACGGAAACAACGUGGGCGAGCAGGUGAUUGAGGAGGAGCGGUUCGAAAAGGUCGAUGUCGCGACGGCCAUUCGCCUGCGGAAGGAUGCCAAAUCCAGGAAGCGGGCCUCCACGAUAAGCAUAGUCUCACAGACCGGUGGCCGUGGCCGAGUCAAGGCAGUCAGCGUCGAGAGCCACAAGAUGACGGCGAAUGUCCAGGAGGCCAAUGUCAAGGCCGUGCGCCAGAAGGCAGUCCCUACAACCGCGACCGGGGAGGACUCCGAUGCGGCGCUGGACAUUGCGAACGUCCCGGAGCUUGUCGUGGAUGCCUUGGAGUACCACGAGAACGCCAUCGACUCCGACGAUGAGUGA